AGAGACCGCUGGCGCAUCGAGGUCACCCACGUCCCUUCAGGAUGAAAGCCGUGGUGCUGACCUUGGCUGUGCUCUUCCUCACAGGGAGCCAGGCUCGGCAUUUCUGGCAGCAAGAUGACCCGCAGUCACCCUGGGAUCGGGUGAAGGAUUUUGCCACCGUGUAUGUGGAUGCGAUCAAAGACAGUGGCAGAGAUUAUGUGGCCCAGUUUGAAGCCUCCGCUUUGGGAAAACACCUCAACCUGAAACUCCUGGACAACUGGGACAGCCUGGGCAGCACGUUCACCAAAGUGCGUGAGCAGCUGGGCCCAGUGACCCAGGAGUUCUGGGACAACCUGGAAAAGGAGACCGAGGCGCUGCGGCAGGAGAUGAGCAAGGACCUGGAGGAGGUGAAGAAGAAGGUGCAGCCCUACCUGGACGACUUCCAGAACAAGUGGCAGGAGGAGAUGGAGACGUACCGCCAGAAGAUGGCGCCGCUGGGCGCCGAGUUCCGCGAGGGCGCGCGCCAGAAGGUGCAGGAGCUGCAGGAGAAGCUGAGCCCGCUGGCCGAGGAGCUCCGCGACCGCCUGCGCGCCCACGUGGAGGCGCUGCGCCAGCAGCUGGCGCCCUACAGCGACGACCUGCGCCAGCGCAUGGCCGCCCGCUUCGAGGCGCUCAAGGAGGGCGGCGGCAGCCUGGCCGAGUACCAGGCCAAGGCCCAGGAGCAGCUGAAAGCGCUGGGCGAGAAGGCCAAGCCGGCGCUGGAGGACCUCCGCCAGGGCCUGCUGCCCGUGCUGGAGAACCUCAAGGUCAGCAUCCUGGCCGCCAUCGACGAGGCCUCCAAGAAGCUGAACGCCCAGUGAGACGCCCUCCGCCCGCGCUCCCCUCGCCAUCAGUUCGGCUUCUUGGAAUAAG